AUAUGAUAUCCAACAGCAGAUGUAUGCUUUCAAGUUACAAGUCACACCCAAGAUUUUCACUGUGGCAUUUUUGAGUUUGACGGAGCUGUUUUCCGCUGCCCGUUUUCCGGUGAGCUUACAACUGUGACCGCCGCAUUCUCUAUACCGCGCGCGGUGUAGAGUUGCUUAACUUUCUUCGGUAACAGUGAAGAACGAAAGUGGUGUUGUUCUUGUUCGUCUAAUGGACCCUGUUGGUGUGGUGUUCGACCAUUUCAAAGCUUUUGCUAAAUCCGGCCAUGACUUCUUUGACGGUGUUUUCCGUCGCCGCAAUCCGAUAGAAAUCCUUAAACGUUUACAAAGAGAAUCUUUCUCAGAUCUUAUGAAACUCAGAGACAGACAAGAAAAGGUUGAGAAAAUACUCUCCUUCUAUAAAUCGUCCAAUGAAGGUCCCUUCCAUGAAGCUACCACCCGUGUAAGAGGACAAGUGGAUUUACUGGGGGCUUUGUUGUUCAUGGAUAACCUUAAUCAGCAGAACGUAGAUGCCACAAAUAGGUCUGGAAUAAGAAGUGGUGUAAAUUCAAAUUUCAUUUUUGAAACCACCAUUCGGCAGAAGGAUACUCUUUCUGCUGAGUUUGUGGCAACUAAAAAAGGAAAGGAAGUUCUUGAUGAUCAUGAUGUUGAAGUGCCACUUUCUCUAAGGAAAGUCUGCUAUACAGCAAAUGUCAAUGACUUCUUGUCUCUGAUGGCUAUCCCAAUGGGAGCCCAAUGCAGAGAUGUUGCAGUUGCAUCAAAUUCUGUUGAUCAGUUAGGAAAGGGCCUCACGGAUUUUUCCUCUUUUGGACCACCCCUUCUGAAUCUGCACAAUGGUAGUGGUAUUGGCAUAACUGUGAGAAAGUCAAACUUUAUUGCUUCAUUGGCUCAAUUUGUUGUUGGACUGAGAAGUUCAUCUGGUUCUAACACAAUGGAGAAUAUAUCUAGCACUUUUGGACAACUUGUUUGUCAAUUUACGAAAGGAACAAAGCUUUCUGUUCUUGGUCUUCACCAAGUACCUUUUUCAUCAAAGCAACAUAGAAAUUUUGGAGCACUUGCAUUUCCAAUAGUCUUGUCCAAUCAAGAUGAAGAGACUGAGUUAGUACGUGAAAGAACGACACAGGUCUCCGCUGGAUCUAUUGCUGUGAUGGUGGAGUCUGAACUUGAUGGCUUUACGAAAAUUGGGGGUUGGGUCGAGAUGAACAAAUUAAAUCCAAAAUCCAUUCAAUGGGCUAUAACUAUGUCUGAUGUUUCUGAAGAUUCAUUUGGCUGGGGAAUGAGUCUUGGUGGGAUGAUUGGAGAUUCAGCAAGUUCGGAUCAUUUUCAGGCUGAGACCUAUUUGAAAUUCAACUUGGGUGAUAAAUUUUGCUUGAAGCCUGGCUUUGCAUAUGUAAUGGAUGGAAGUUCCAAAAUAGGUGCUUUAAUGAUUCGGUCUAAUUGGUCCUUGUGAUUUUGUUCGACUCCAGUUUUGUUCAGAUUCUCAUUAUUUUCUCCUCGAGGGACGGAGGGAGUAACACCUCUGAUGUCACCCUCCUUCAGCCGCUGUUCUUUUGCUUGUGAGGACGUCACUGUUUCUUUAACAGUUUGGAAUAUUUUUCAUGAUCACGACGCUGCUGCAUUCGAGAGGUGAGCAGGAUGAAGCUUUCAAUCUUGCAGGUUUCUGGAAACUGCCAUGCAUUGGCCAAGUGAAGUUUAACUAACAUUGAUGGUAGUUAUUUUCUGUAUCUGAUCGUAUGGGCAUGAGAGGUAUUAUCAGAGAUAGUGAUGGUAAUUGUUUGAUGGCGUUCUCCAGCUCGAAGCUUCAUGGAGAUGCUUUCAAGAUAUGGCCAAAUAUAUACCCUUUGCCAGGAUUGUCAACAUAAAAAUGGAAAUCGGAAAUCGAACAUCCAAUGGAUAAUAGGAUUGUUGAGAAUUCAACUAUUAGGUAGAGUAAGUGAGCUAAGACUUUAUAAAAGACGUGACCUAUAAACUCAAUGUCAGGUUUUGGGUAAAAUGUGGUGUUGAUAUCUCUUGGUGUCUUGUUUCCAUGACCUCCCCCUGUCCACCUAACAAGGAUGCUACUUCAUACAAAUAAGAAAAAAUAUUGACUCAUUCACACUUUACUUUCUCUUCAAUCUCAUUUCCACUCACGUUCUCUUCUAAUCUUUUUCUUCUUUUCCUAUCACAUAUCAGUCACAUCUCUCAUUAUCUAUCUUCUUAUUCUUGUAUCUCACUAAGUAUUUCGAGUUUCAACCAAACAUUA